AUGGUAGAAGAUCGAGAUAUCAGCAGGGGUAAUAAGCCUGUUAAGAUAACAGCUUUAUGUGAACUUUGUCAUGGUCGCAAGGCAGUUAUGAAAAGGCCUAAGAACUUGCAGAAGCUCUGUAAAGAGUGCUUUUUCAAGGUAUUUGAAACAGAAAUCCACAACACAAUCGUAAAUGCUAAGUUAUUUCAACAAGGAGAAAAGGUUGCUAUUGGAGCCUCCGGUGGUAAGGAUUCUACUGUUUUAGCAUCAGUUUUAAAAACACUUAAUGAGCGUUAUAAUUAUCGGUUGCAAUUAGUGCUUUUGUCAAUUGAUGAGGGUAUAAAAGGGUAUAGGGAUGACUCUUUGGCAACAGUUAAGAGAAAUCAGAAGCAAUAUGAGAUGCCGCUAGAAAUAAUAUCCUAUAAAGAUCUCUACGACUGGUCGAUGGAUGAGAUCGUCUCCUGUGCUGGAAUCAGAUCGUCUUGUACAUAUUGUGGUGUUUUAAGAAGACAAGCUCUAGAUAGGGGUGCUGCGAAACUAGGCAUAAGCCAUGUGGUAACAGGUCAUAAUGCAGAUGAUAUGGCUGAGACUGUUUUAAUGAACUUGUUGAGAGGUGAUACUGCCAGAUUAGAUAAAUCAUGUUCUAUUUUAACUCAAUCUCCGGGUUCUCCAAUAAAGCGUUCUAAACCAUUUAAAUAUGCAUAUCAGAAGGAGAUUGUGUUGUAUGCUCAUUACAAGAAAUUGGAUUACUUUUCAACCGAGUGCAGUUAUGCACCUGAAGCUUUUAGAGGUACGGCCAGAGAACUCUUAAAGUCUUUGGAAUCGAUUCGUCCUUCUUGUAUUAUGGAUAUCAUCUACAGUGGUGAACAUUUAGUUUUAGCUCCAAGGAAGAAGAAGAUAACUAGGCAAUAUAAGAACAGGGGAAAAAUAUCAAACAACUAUAAAGAGCAUGAGAUAAAUGCGGAUGGUUCUGUCACUAUUGAUCGGAAAGAGUUUAAAGAUGGAAACAAAUGUGAAAAAUGUGGAUACUUGUCAUCAAAUAGAAUAUGUAAGGCGUGCUCCUUAUUGUCAGGACUUGAACUUAAUAGGCCAAAGGUAGGCAUUAAUAAUAAUUCAGCAAUAGAUGGCGCAGCAAAGUUAAGCAAGACAUUGGAGCAACUUAGUUUUUAA